AUGACCGUCCCCGCACAAGACGAGGGUCUCACCCCGGAGCAACUCGAAUCUUUCCACCGCGACGGCUACCUCAUCAUCCCCGGCGCCCUAUCCCCGGAGACGGUCUCCGGCCUCCUCGCCGAGACCCACUCCCUGCUGGACAACUUCUCCCUCGCCGAUCACCCCAUGACGCGCUUCUCCACCGGCGAGAAGGCGGACCACGUCGGCGACGACUACUUUCUCUCCUCGGGCGACAAGGUCCGCUUCUUCUUCGAGGAGGAUGCCUUUGACGACGAGGGCAACCUCGUGAAACCCAAAGCCCGUGCCAUCAAUAAGAUUGGCCACUACCUGCACGUCCUCUCCCCGCCCUUUGCCGCCAUCUCUGACCCCGCGUCUUCUGCUACCGGCGGUGCUGGGAGCGGCCCCGUCCGCGGUAAGCCGGCCGCCGUGGCCCGCAGCCUCGGGUUCCGGGACCCGCGGUGCCUGCAGAGCAUGAUCAUCUGCAAGCAACCCGAGAUUGGCGGCGCCGUGCCCCCGCACCAGGACUCUACCUUUUUGUACACGGAUCCGCCGUCCGCCGUGGGCUUCUGGUACGCCCUCGAGGACGCGACGCUCGAGAACGGGUGUCUUUCUUUCCUCCCCGGUUCGCACCGCUGGGCGCCCGUGUCGAGCCGGCUCGUGCGCAAGGCCGGGAACGCGGGGACGGAGAUGGUGGACAAUGAGGGCCCGCGGUUCCCGCCUGGCGAUGUGUACGGCGCCGAGAAGGCGAGCGAGGAGGAGAAGGCUGGGGAGGGCAAGUAUGUGCCCGGGGAGGUCAAGGCUGGGGACUUGGUGUUGAUUCACGGUAACUUGCUGCACAAGAGCGAGAAGAACUUGAGUCAGAAGGGGCGCAUUAUUUACACGUUCCACGUCAUUGAGGGAGAGGGGAACAAGUAUGACGAGAGAAACUGGUUGCAGCCGCCCAAGGCUGGGUUCACUAGGUUGUAUUCCUCUUGA